AUGCUGACAUUAAAAGGACAAGAACUCGUGUAUAACACCACUCUGAUGUUGGUCAAGAGCAUAGAUCUUUCAUCAAAUUUUUUGGAAGGUGAAAUCCCUGAAGAGAUAGGUAGCCUCAUUCUAUUAGGUACCCUGAACUUGUGGAGAAAUCAGUUGACUGGUAAGUUCCCCUCAGAGGUUGGAAAUAUGCAUGGGCUCGAAACUCUUGAUCUCUCAAACAACCGUCUUUCAGGACAAAUUCCUGAAACCCUUGCAUCUUUAACAUUCUUGGCGCACUUGAAUUUGGCUUCUAACAACUUGGUGGGGAGAAUUCCUUCGGGCAACCAACUUCAAACGUUCACUGAUCUGUCCAUUUAUAUGGGCAAUCUAUCGUUGUGUGGGGUUCCUCUUCCAAGAAAAUGCCCUGAAGAUGACACUUUUACUGCUACAAAUGCAAAACCAAGUAAUGAAGAUGGAAGUGAUAAGUCGUGGUUCUAUGUCAGCAUGGUACUUGGCUUUGUCGUGGGCUUUUGGGGCGUUUUUGGUACAUUACUUGUAAAGAAAUCAUGGAGAACUGGAAUAUCAGAUUCUAUACCAGAGGAAUCGUUGUUGAAGCUAUCUUCCCAACUUGAAAACCUGGAUUUAUCUUACAACCACUUUCGAGGACAUAUUCCUCAAAGCCUUUCUUCCUUAACAUUUUUGUCCCACUUGAAUUUGUCUUAUAACAACUUGGUGGGAAGAAUUCCUUUGGGCAGCCAACUUCAAACACUCAGUGAUUCCUCCAUUUAUAUGGACAAUCCAUCACUGUGUGGGGUUCCUCUUCCAAAGUGUCUGGGUGAUGACACUUUCACUGCUACAAAUGCAAAACAUAGUAAUGAAGAUGGAAAUGAUAAUGGAGCAUUGUGGUUCUAUGUCAGCAUGAUCCUUGGCUUUAUCAUUGGCUUUUGGGGUGUUUGUGGCACAUUACUCCUGAAGAAAUCAUAG